GGUGAUUUUUUUUGUUCUCUCUUUUAUAGCUUCUUGAUGCUCUGUCCUCUGUCUGCUGAAACAUAUGUAAGGUUUUGGCUAAACAAGCAGAAGGUGAAAGGAGUAUCUCUAACAAAUCUAACAUCAUCUUAUACUUUCCUGGGAGUGGUUGGUUCUCAUGUAAAGGAUGUUUUCUCUCUACUGGAAGCAGAGUAUCCAGGAAAGAAUGAAUAUAAAAGAUCAGAAAUUGGUUAUGCAUCAGAUAUAUUAACUCUGCAAAGUCAUUCAAUGCCUCUGGAAAGUGUCUUGCUUUGUAUUGAAUCACCAUUUGUUAUAGGUGUGAGACAGGUCUUAUUGGAUGCUGGGAGUAAAAUGAGAGUGGCAGAGGUUGGAACCCAAGUACUUGAUUGGUUGAGAGUUGAGGAAGGAAUCCCUGCUUGGGGAUAUGAAUAUGGCAUAGGGAAAAUACCAUUUCUAGGAGACAUUUCUGCACUGUCUUGUGAAAAAAAUUAUUUUGGAAAGAAUGCUAUUAUGUCAGCCAUGGAAAGUAAAGAAAACAAAGAAUUUCUAAUCCAUUUCACAAUAAAUAUAAAUACAGAAGAAAACCCCUGGCCUUGGGGAGGAGAGCCAUUGUGUAUGGAUGGUUGUCAAGUAGGAAGAACAACAUCUGUUGGUUAUUCUUAUCAGAAGAAUUGUCAUACUGGACUAGGAAGUAUAAACUCAACCUUAGAAUUCAAAUAUGAACCAAAUCUAGAACUUGUUAAUGUGGGACAACGAUUUAAAGUGAAUAUCCUAAAGAUAUUCUAAUGAACAGUAAUGUUAUUCCUGACAUUAGUUUGUGUUUGUUAUAUUUUCCAUCAUUACUUUUAGAGUAAAAUGUUUAUUAAUGUAAGUUGUUAUAGAUUUAUUAUUAAGAAAGAAUGUUUGCUGUUUUACAUUUGUUAUUAAAUUUUACAGUAAAAUGUUUUAAUCUGUAUAAGUUGUUAUACAUUGCAGAAUACAGCUAAACAAAACUUU